AUGAGGCCGGCAUUGCGGCAUUCAAGCCUCCGUCAAUGGGGCCAUACGCCUCGGACCAGGUCUUGCAAUCUGUUCCGGCAGCGUCGCUUCUUUGCAGCUGUGGCAGACGCAGUGAGGCCCUACGAUGUCAUCGUCAUUGGCGGUGGCCAUGCAGGGACAGAAGCCAGCGCCGCCGCCGCCAGAUCAGGUGCUCGCACAGCGCUGGUAACUCCGUCGUUCUCUAAUCUGGGCGUCUGUUCCUGCAACCCUAGUUUUGGGGGCAUAGGCAAGGGCACCAUGAUUCGGGAGAUCGAUGCGCUGGAUGGCGUCGCAGGCCGCAUUAUCGAUAAAGCCGGAAUCCAAUUCCGAAUGUUGAACGUCAAAAAAGGCCCUGCCGUAUGGGGACCCCGGGCACAAAUUGACCGAGACUUGUACAAGAAAUACAUGCGGGAAGAGAUGGAGUCCACACCCAACUUGAGCAUAGUAGAAGGCAAAGUCGCAGAUAUUAUUGUGUCAAGAGAAGAUCUCGAGACUGGCGACAACAUAUCGCAAGGACGUAUAACGGGUAUUCGCCUUGAGGAUGGCCGGGUGAUUCCUGCUUCUCAUGUGGUCAUCACCACCGGGACGUUUCUCGGUGGAGAGAUACACAUCGGACUGGAGGCAUAUCCCUCGGGACGAAUGGGCGAGGCCGCUACCUUUGGCCUGAGCAAGUCAUUGCGGAGCGCAGGAUUCACACUGGGACGAUUAAAGACUGGAACUCCGCCACGGCUGGAUCGCGACACGAUUGAUUUCAGUGUUUUGCAAGUACAGCCGGGCGAUUCCCCGCCAACGCCCUUUUCUUACCUGAACGAUACUGUUGAGAUUGGAGAGGCUGGCCAACUGAACUGCUGGACCACCUACACCAACGAAGCAUCCCAUGAGAUCAUCCGAGCUAACCUGGAUAAGUCGAUACACAUCCGAGAAACAGUCAAGGGACCCCGAUACUGCCCGUCCCUGGAGUCCAAGAUCAUCAAGUUCAAGGAUAAACAAAGACAUAUGAUUUGGUUGGAGCCCGAAGGUCUUGAGCCCAACAAAAUCAUCUACCCCAAUGGCAUCAGCAUGACCGUCCCCGCCGAUGCGCAGUACGCCAUGCUCAGGACGGUCAGGGGGUUGGAGAAUGUCAAAAUGCUCCAACCCGGCUAUGGCGUCGAGUACGACUAUAUCGACCCGCGGAAUCUGUUUCCGACACUCGAGACGAAGCUCAUCAAGGGGCUUUUCCUUGCCGGACAAAUCAACGGCACCACCGGCUACGAAGAAGCUGCGGCUCAGGGAAUCGUUGCCGGUAUCAACGCAGGGUUAUCUGCUCAAGGCAAAGGAUCCUUCACUCUGUCCCGGGCCGAGGCAUUCAUCGGCAUCCUCAUCGACGACCUCAUCACAAAGGGCGUCAGUGAGCCAUACCGAAUGUUCACCGCACGAAGUGAAUACCGUAUGAGCUGUCGUUCCGACAAUGCAGAUCUGCGACUCACAGAGAAAGGCCGCACGGCCGGCGUUGUCAGCGACCGGCGCUGGGCUCAUUUCACAAACAUUCGAGACGAGAUGACCGAGCUGCAAAGCAAACUUGAGGAAGUCCGACACCCCAGCACAGAAUGGGUGAAAAUGGGGUUUCCCUCACGCAUCGACUCGAACCGCCGGAGCGCAUUUGACAUGCUGCGUGUGACCGGCGUCGACAUGAACGGCAUCGCGGACCGCGUCCACUCUUUGUCGUCCAUCUCUAACUACUCAACCAAGAUCCAGAGCAGAGUCCAGAUAGAAAGCCUCUACGCUCCUUAUAUCUCCUUCCAGCAGAAGGCCGCAGAAUCGUUUGCUCGGGACGAAUGCCUCGCUCUGCCCGUGGACCUGGACUACGAUUCGGUCUUUGGGUUAAGCAUUGGCGAGAGAGAGGUAUUGAAGCUGGUGCGGCCGGCUAGCGUGGGCAUGGCGAGGAGGGUGGAGGGAGUAACGCCACACGGAGCUCUGAGGCUGCUGAAGUAUGCGAAGAGGAACGCCCGUAGCAAGAGGCCGGAGGACGAAUGGCUGGUUCAACACGAUGGAGGUCGACCUGAAGGAGCUGUUUCUGUAUAA